AUGGUGGUCCCCAUGGAUAUCACAGUGGUCCCCAGGGAUCAGGGUGGUCCCCCAGAGAUCAUGGUGGUCCUGUGGGGUCCUGAUGGUCCCUACGGAUAUCACAGUGGUCCCCAGGGAUCGUGGUGUGAUCCCAGAGGAUCAAGGUGGUCCUCAGGACUAGUGGUGGUCCCAUGGGAUCCUGAUGGUCCCAGUGGAGUCAUGGUGGUCCCCAUGGACAUCACAGUGGUCCCCAGGGAUCAUGCUUUCAACGCGGCCUUGGGACGUCCCAGCACCCAAUCCUCCUCCUUCCCCAACCACAGCAUCGCCGCCAACGCCGUGGACGGCAACCGGGAUGGAAUCUGGGCCCACGGCUCCUGUUCCCGGACUUUGAAGGAGAUGGAACCUUGGUGGAACGUGGAUUUGGGAAGGACCCAACCCGUGGUGGCCGUCGUGGUCAAGAACCGUCAGGAUUGUUGUUGGCAAAGUCUUCGAGGAGCUCAGGUCCACGUCGGGGACGCGCCGGGAGAGCGCGGUCGGGAUAAUCCCAUCUGUGGUGUCAUCACUGACGCGGGGCCCGGGUCCCUCAGCACCCUUUGCUGCCAGGGCUUGGUGGGACGUUUCAUCUCCAUCCUCAUCCCCGGCCGGGUGGAGGCCUUGGUGCUCUGCGAGGUGGAGGUGGUGCUCCAAGGCUGCUCCCCUUUGCCUGGAGGUACCACAUUUUGGGUGGGAAACGGGUUGGAUUGGGUUUUUUUGGUGCAGUCAAACCCCCAACCCUCACCCCCACCCCUACCCCGGCCUCUUCCAGCCCCCAACGUGGCGCUGGGCCGCGCCGUGGCUCAGUCCUCCACCUUGGACGCCGAGAGCCACGCGGUCAACGCGGUGGAUGGGAAGGUUGACCCUCAUUGGCCUUCUGGCUCCUGUUCCCACACGGAGAAGGAAGAGGAACCCUGGUGGUGGGUGGACCUGGGUCGCCGCCACGCCGUCUACGCCGUCACCGUCACCAACCGCCGCGACUGCUGCUGGGAGAGCCUCCUGGGGGCCCAAGUCCACGUCGGGGACUCCUUGAGCGACCACGGCAAACGCAACCCCGUCUGCGGCGCCAUUUUGGACACCGGGCCUGGGGCCUCCACCACCGUCUGCUGCAACGGGCUGCCGGGUCGCUACGUCUCCAUCAUCAUCCCGGGGCGGGAGGACGUCCUCGUCCUCUGUGAGGUGGAGGUGACAGCUCAGGGUUGUCACCCCCCACCUGGUGGUAAGGACCCCCAAAAAACCCCCCCCCCGACACGACCCCUGGCGAGCUUGGGACACGUUGGGGAUGGUCACCCAGCGUCCCUUGGUGUCCCCCCAGCCCAAAAUUUGGCCUUGCGGCGCCCGGCGACCCAAUCCUCCACUUCCGGCCGCGCCGGCGACGCCAUCAACGCCGUGGAUGGGAACAGGGAUGGGAACUGGCUGCACGGUUCCUGUUCCCAAACCCAAAGGGAACCGGAACCUUGGUGGACGGUGGAUCUGGGCCGGCGCCGCGCCGUGGCCGCCGUGGUGGUGAGGAACCGCCUGGAUUGCUGCUGGCACCGCCUCAAGGGCGCCCGCGUCCACGUCGGGGACUCCUUGGCUGCCCACGGCACCCGCAACCCCGUGUGA